AUCGUUCCUACGAAUUAAAAAGAACCGCUACAGUGAGUAAAAAAUUGUAGACUAAAUUUUUUUAAAAAUUCAAGUAUUUAUGUAUUUAAAUUAAAUACAUAAAUACUUGAAUUGAUUUCUAGUAUUUUAUGUCUUUAAAUACUAAAUUGUUUAACUUGAUUAAAUUUUUUUGGUAUUUAUACAGGGUGUCCUAAAACAUGUGGGCCAACGCUCGUAAAAAGGUAGAAGGAAUCGAGAUGAAAGUCCAAUAUUGUCUUGGGUUAGGUUCACCAAUAAUCGAGGCGUUCGUUUCAAUUCGGAUAGGAUACACUGAUGAUACAGCAGAAUAGCCUAGAGUUCCGAGCGCGGAACUUCACAUUUACAGUGGAUCUCGCGCGCGUCGCGCGAUGUAGCAGCUGAGCGCGGCUCCUCGUGGCCGUCAUGUCCGAUAUAAAGGACGUGCUGUCGAUGCUUUGCGAGUACAUCAAUUUGUUGAUAGACGUGGGUUUAACGCCCGAGCACCUGAGGCUGGCCAAGUACAAGGUCCCGGACGAAAACGCCGCCGAGGCGCUUUGGAGCACGCUGCGCAUUCUGAGCUACCACGCCGCGAGGGAGAAACGGAGCGAUAUAGAUUUCCGAAAUUACGAUGCAUCGUCAGCGGUGAAAUUGCAUCUCGCAUUUCUACAAUAUCCGGCGAUCGAAUUUUACAGCUUGCCGCAAAACGGCGAGUAUAACAGGGAUGCGUUGAUAGCCAUAGCGUGGCUCCUGGGAACGCAGGACGUCCUGACUGCCCUCUUUCGAACGAAACUGAUCGACGGCGUCCUGGGGGCCGAGUGCUCGCGCGUAGAACCAGAAUCACCGUGGUCAACCACCUCAUUGAACGAUCAGCCGUUGUCACUGACCUCCCAGCUUGACGGUAUCCUGCACCUGAACGCCACGGUGAACCUAAACCUGCGGGAGAUCGAUGAGCUGGUCCACGAGCGGGCCAAAUUGAUAUCCAAGGUGCACGCGGCGAGCAUGAACGUGAGCGGUCUGCCGCAUCUGACCGUGUCCGAGUUGGCGUUGACGAAACGCUUCGCGAGGACGCGCGUCCUCGGUGACGAUGGGGCCGGCAUCUCCUCCUCCUCCCCCUCCUCCUCCUCCUCGGAGGAUCGGCGACGACUGCGAGAAUUCCGCGAGGCUGGUGCCCUGCUGGACGCGCGCGCCAAGUGGCUGCGGAAGCGGCACGUGUUCUUCGACUGGAUGGCUACAGUGAUUCAGGAGCACAGAAGAUCCAUGGAAUCGAAUCCAAAAGUGAUCUGUACCAAGGAACUCGCCGCGUUCAGCUCGCUGUUACGUCACGUAAUUAGGGACAAACUUCGAGGUUUCACGUCCGAGGAGGAGACGGCGAGCGGCGGCGGCGACGGCGAUGAUGGUGGUGCUAUAAACUUGGCCUUUAAUUGCGCGUCUCGCACGCACAGAAGUCAGUGUAGCAACACAGAGGCGCAGAGCUGGUUAAACGAUUUGAGCGAGCGCCAGGAACGCGAGGAGGAAAAUCUCCAACGAAACAGAAAGCAACUGGCCGACGAAUUGAAGGAAAUGUUGGAGUUGAUCCCAUCCGUCGUUCACGUUUGAUUCAAAUUAAAUGACAUCCAAUUCAUGCUACGCUUCGUUUUAUGUUAUAUGAAAACAUCACAUUAAAAAAAAAGAAUUAUUUAUUAUUAUAUUGCAAACAUUACAUUAUCGCUUAUCAUUUAAAGUAAAAAAAAUUUCUUAUUAAAUUAUCACCGUGUGAAAUUGUAUUUCUAUAAAUUAUUUAUGUGUUCGCGUGACGAGUCUUACGUGAAUAAAUUUACAUGAAUGUAGUUUACAAUGA